AUGGGUGGAGGCACAGGCCUCAAUUUCUUCCAGAAUAGGUUCCCAGAACGAUGCUUUCAUGUUGGCAUUGCAGAACGGCAUGCAGUGGUUCAUGAUAUUGAUCUGAAAAAUCUUCCAGUGAGAUUUGCCAUGGACAGAGCAGGUCUUGUGAGAGCAGAUAGUCCAACAUACUGUGGUGCUUUUGAUAUCACAUAUAUGGCUUGUUUGCCUAACAUGGUUGUGAUGGCUUCUUCAGAUGAGAUUGAGCUCUUUCACAUGGUUGCAACUGCUGUCGCAAUUGUUGAUCAGCCAAGUUUUUUCAGAUGUCCCAAAGGCAAUGGAAUUGAUGUUCCUCCACCUCCCAAUUACAAAGGAACCCCUGUAAAGGUAGGCAAAGCCAGGAUCCUAGGAGAUGGGACUCUGGUUGCAAUUCUUGGAUUUGGUUCGAUAGUUCAAAACUCCCUUGCAGCUGAAGAGGUCCCACACCAACAAGGCAUAUCAGUUGCUGUUGCAGAUGCUUGUUUUUGCAAGCCUCUAGAUGGGGACUUGCUUAGGAGGUUGGUGAAGACACAUGAAAUGCUUGUGAAUGCUUGUGAAUAUGGAUUGAUGGGAUUAAGCCAAUUGGCAUGGGGCUUCAAAAAUAGCAGAGAAACACGGGAAACUCUCUAUUUAUCUUGA